AUGGUUCCAACAACAGCAGCAGCUACGAAAGUGACGACAACAGCAGCUACGAAAGUGACGGCGCCAACAACAUCUACAAAAGAAACGGCGCCUAUAACAGUAUCUACGAAAGUAAUGGUGCCAACAACAGCACAUACGAAAGUAACGGAACCAAAAACCGCACAACCAAUGGAGCCAACAACAGCACCUGCGAAAGUGACAGUGCCAACAUCUGUACCGUCUAAGGUGGAUCAGCCAACAACAGCAUCCGCUAAAGUGUCAAUGCCAACAACAGCGCCGACUAAGGUGACAGUGCCAAUAACCACAUCCGCGAAAGCGUUGGGGCUAACAACUGUACCUGCACGAGAAGCGGCGCCAUCAACCACACUGGUGAAGGAAACAUCGCCGUCAAUUAUUUCACCAAUGGAUAUGGUAACAACCACAACGCCGACGCAGGUGACAACUGCAUCAACAGUGCAGAAAGUGUUGUCGAAACCGUCUACAGAACCGACAAAGGUGACGGCGCCGUCAACAGUGACGCCGAAAACCACACCAUCCACAGUACCGUUGAAGACGACGGCACCAACUACAGCGGUGACAAAGGUGGGGAAGCCAACAGAAGCAUCUGUGAAAGUGACUGCGCCAUCAAUAGUCACGAAGGUAACGGCGCCUUCAAUAGCUCUGGAUAAAAGUAUGAUGUCAUCUACGGUGGCAACGAAUGGGACGGUGCCAUCAACCACUCCAACGAAGGUGACAGUGCCAAUAACAGCGUCUGCAAAAGUAACGUUACCCUCAACCGCAGUGACGAAGGUUUCGACACCAUCAACUGUUGCUGUGAAGGAUGUGGAAGUGAAGACACAACCGUCAAAGAUUACGCCGUCAUCAGCAGAAUCGACAGCAACAUCGUCAUCAUCAGCUUCCGCGCAGUCAACAACUUCUGCAAAAAUUACUGGGUUGUCAACAGCACAUGCGAAUAUCACACGUCCAUCAACUGUAUUGACAAAGGUAACUGCACCUUCCGUAGUUCCAGCAAAUGAUACAGUGCCAUCAAUGGCAGCAAAGAUGACUACGUCAUCCAUCGCGCCGACAAAGGUGGCAUUGCCAGCAUCGUCUGCAAAAAUAACGGAGCCAUCUGCGCAUACAAAUGUUAUAGCACCAUCAACCCUACUGACCUCACAAGCAACAGGUUCGUCAAAGGAAACAGCGCCUUCGAAGUUGCCUACCUCAUCAACGACACCGACGACUAUGGGAAUGCCAUUGUCAUCAUUUGCGAAGGAAUCAACGGGGCGCUCAGCAACGUCGACGAAGGUGGAAAUGCCAUCAACGAUCCUACUGCCAUCACCCGCGCCGGUGAAGGGAACAGUACCGUCAACAGUACAAUCUAAGGAUACUGUCUCACCAUCUGGAUCUUCAAAGACAACGGUUCCAUUAGCAACGCCGACGCAGGUGACACUGACAAAUGGCUCGACGAAAGUGACGAUUCCAUCAAUCUUACCGACGACCUUGAGCAUGUCACCGACUACUGCGGCAAAGGAAUUAAUUACAUCAACAGUGCCGGCGGCGACCCUACCAUCAACAGCUUUGACGCGUGUAACGCCAUCAACCGUGCCUACAAAGGCGAUGGCGCCGUCAACCUCACCAACCACCGUGGCAUUUCCAUCGAACGCACCUGUUAAAGCAACGAUACCAUCUACUGCAUUUUCGAAUAUAACAUUGCCAUCAACAGCGUCAUCGAAAAUCACAAUGCCUUUAACAGCGCCAACGAAAUUGACGCUGACAUCAACGGCGCCUUCGAAAGUGACGAUGCCAUCUAUUUUACCAACAACCACGUCUGUGCCAUCGGCGACUUCAGCAAAAGUAACUGUGCCAUUAACAACGAUUCCGAAAGGGACUGUGACAACUAUACCACAGACCAACGUAACGGUACCAACCAUAGGUCUGACGAAAGUGACAAUACCUACUAUAGCGCCCAUGUCCGUUACGGCACCAACAAUAGCGCCGUCAAAGUUGACCUUGACAUCUACCAUGACGACAAAAGUGACGACUUUAUCGACAACGCCAACAAAAGUGACAUUGACCUCAACGUCCCCGGGGAAGGUAACGGUGACUGUUACAACCACGGAGAAGACGUCUCCCACUGCUUCAGCGGCGAGUGCUCCGACGAAGUCAGCGGAGCCGACGCGAGCAAUCGGCAGCACAAACCUCGGCGGCGUGGCCGCGGCUGCCGGCGGGGGCAGCACCGUCUGCGCCAUGGACAACCGAGCCGCAGACAGCAGCGAUCGCAGCGGGGGCGAAGAGGAAGAACAGAUCCCCCUAGAGACCACCAAAAUGCGGCCUUACCUAGACAUCUGGGACAACGACGACAAGUGCUCGGUGGCCAACUCGCAAGUUCCGCUGAAUCCCGCCGACGACGCCACGUCGCACGGCUCGGGGCUCACGGAGCAGGAGCCCGAGCGCGGCAACUGGACCGGCCGCUUCGACUUCCUGCUGUCGCUGCUCGGCUACAGCGUCGGCCUCGGCAACGUCUGGCGCUUCCCCUACCUCUGCUACAACAACGGCGGCGGCGCCUUCCUUAUUCCUUUUACGGUGAUGCUGGUCAUCGCAGGGUUGCCUCUGAUGUUUAUGGAGCUGUCGUUCGGCCAAUACGCCAGUCUCGGCCCCGUCGCCAUCUACAAGAGGUUCUGCCCCCUUUUCCGCGGGCUGGGUUACGGAAUGAUCAUCGUCUCGGCCAUCGUCAUGUUAUACUACAACUUAAUCAUCGCCUGGACCAUCUUUUACAUGUUCGCCUCCUUCAACAGCGUACUGCCCUGGCAGAACUGCGAGCCCGCAUGGAGCACUAAACAGUGCUUUUCGUACGAGAUUGCCAACCAAUGCAGUGAGCAGAACGGAACCUACUUUGAGCAAGUUUGCUACAACACCACAGAGGCGGAGAGGAACAACAUCACAGGGAAGGUGCUGGAGAAUGCGGAGCGCCAUCCCCCGGCGGAGGAGGAUUCGCUCAUCGUCGCAAUUUCAAACAUCGGAACGUCCUUCUUCGCCGGGCUCGUUAUCUUCUCCGUCAUUGGCUUCCUCGCCCACGAGCUCAAUGUGGAGGUGACCAAGGUGCUGGACCAAGGCGCUGGACUAGCCUUUAUAGUUUACCCGGAAGUUGUCACUCGCCUUCCGGUGUCUCCUGUUUGGUCGCUGCUCUUCUUCGUAAUGCUGCUCACGCUGGGCCUGGACUCUCAGUUUGCUCUCAUGGAGACCGUCACAACAGCCAUUCUGGAUAGAUUUCCAAACCUAAGAGAUUACAAAAUGUGGGUUGUUCUUGUUGUAGCGGUAUUUGGUUACUUUGGAGGUCUCAUUUUCACCACAAAUUUUAUUCUCUUCUUUAAUUGGAUUGAAUAUGCUCCAGUGAAAUACGGUGAUUAUGUUUAUCCUGAUUGGGCAGAUGCUGUUGGUUGGAAAAUUCACUUUUUGCUGCAACCAACACCUGAUUGGGGACCAGCUAAUAGACGAAGUACCAAUCCUUUACCUACAUAUGACAGUGUACGAAACACUAUUGUGAUGGUGAAUGGACUGCCUAUCAUUCAGGAAACACAUGCUGAUUCUGAAUCAUUGGAAGACAAUAGACUCUGAGAGUGGGCUUCUUCCCGGAGCCCAUCAGAACAAAAGCGGCCCGGGCCAAGUAUACUCAAGCAUUCAGCCAAAAGGGCCUCCAAAGAUGGCCCAAAUUAUAACCCAGUGGAAACAGACACCCAGUUCUCAAGCACUUAUACAGCCACAAAACCUGUGUAAAUGUGGUGCAGAAUGCUGAAAAAUAGAAACAAUUCAACUCCAUUGAAAGGGGUACCGACUGUAAUUAAAGCUCAAUGUGGAAUACAAUUUAUGCGAUGAACCUCCAGGUCUUUAAACAAAAAUGUUUGUAGAUCUGUUUAGAUGUUAUAAUGUAUUGGAGCUCUAGAAAAUACAUAGGUAAGCAUAUGGAAAUAAAUUUGUUAUUGUAUAAUUGAAUUACAAAUAGAAAUGAUUUUAUCCACAUUUAAGUGGAAAUAAACAUGAAUAAUUGUAUAUCAGUUCUGCAUAAAAUUGAGAUGAAAAUAGUGUUAUGAGAUCUUAGAAACAUUAAUAGAUAUUAGUUGCUCACAAGGUUAAAAUGGGGUUGGGGGAUGAAGUCAUGGUUAUAUUUUUUAAAUUCCUCCAGGGGACAAUGGCAAUGUGCAGAAAACAAAAACGUACAAGAGUACAAAUUGUACAGUAAAUUUUUGAAAACUCAGAUCAUAAAAUGACAGCAUUUACAAAGCUAGUGUAUUAACAAUGCCCGUUGAGUUUGAUUAUGAAGAAAAUGACUCAAAUUCAUAUGUUACCUAUGUCUAGGAACUAAUUAGCGUAAAGGUGUUGUGAGGACAACCUAAUGUAUUUAUGAAGAAGCAUUUCCUUCUCUUGCUGAAGGUGGUGUCCAGCAUAUUUGAAACUGAAUAGCUUCAAAGCAAAUGCACCCUUCUACAGUUAGCUAAUAAAAGUUGUGUGAAUGUUCAUUAGCCUAUCCUGCAGUAAAAAGCUAAUACUCUUGUAUGUGAAAUCUAGUCAAUGAUUCAAAAAUGAAUCUGUAAUUGUGCUGUGAUUCAUAUUGUUAACUUUCAAAAGAAAUGUAAUGAUACUGCAGAAAUAUUAGCUUAGUUUCACAGAUAUAAAUAAUAUAGAGAACCAAAUAUAAAGAAAUUGAAGAAAUGAAAAGGUCAAUGGUCAGAAAAAUUAUUAAAUUCGUCUAUUUGAAGGGCAGCAGAAAAGAUAACUUCAGAAUUUCACAAGCAAGAGAAAACAUACAUGUGCCAACAGCUCCACUCUCCUUGUUAAAGUUGUUAAUGGAUGUUGAAACAAUUUCAUCUUUCACACAUUUCUCACUCUGUUAUUUAGAUCACAUGUACAGAAAGUGUUCAUGAUUUCCCUUGUAUCUCAGUGAGGUAAACUGAACCCUAGUGGAGAGAUUUCAUCUGUUUGUAAGGUGUUCUAUUUUAAGAUAAUGUUAUUCCAGUCUCCGCUUCUUACAAGACUGAUUCCUGGUACAUCAGAGAAUGCCAUUUUUAUACAAGAACGCUUGUCGAUUGGAAGACUGUAAAUUAUGGAUGCAUGUGUCAUAUACACUGAACUUCAUCCAGGCUCAAAUAUGAAGUUUUAUCAAUUUGGUAAUUCCACAGGGUAGAUUUGAGUGACUCAGAAGGAAUCAAUAACUGAUAAUGUCUUCUCAUUCUUCUAAAUAUCAAUAUCACUAUUUUCUGAAAUCAACAUCAAAAUACACGACAAUAAUAAUUUUCAUAAGUUCAUAUUCUCUUUAAUAAUGUCAAGUUCUUAACUUUAUAAACCUUUUAAUCAUGAUUGAAUUUUAAUUGAAAAUAAUUUUUAAAUUGGAGAAGGGAAGACAAUUUUCAGAAAUUUUGUUCAACAAAACAUAAGUUGGUUAUACACAAACUCAUUUUCAUUGUACUCAUUACCAAAACUCAAAAACAAUCACUCAACAAAAUAAAUGUUACUAUUGAAGGGCUUGGGAGCAAAUAGUCUUAUGACACUUCAAACUGAAAUUUAGUUUUAAGGUAAAAUAUGUCACUUCCCCUGAUUAUGACUAUGAGGAAUCUAUAGCAAACCUUUCUGUAAUAGUCAGCCAUUUGUUGUCAACAUUUAAAACCAGUUAGAGAAACAUAAAUUGGAAGGCUGAGAGCCUUAUCGAUAAUAAUUUCUUAAGUUUUUCCAAAAUGUGACGUAGUACCUUCUGAUCCCAAACCCUUCAAUUAUAUCCAAAAUGUGAACAUUCCUGAUAAAGUAUAUCAAAAAAUGAAAAACGAUUUUUGUGCAUAUAUUUUUAUUGUAUUUCAAUAAUAUUUUUUUCACCUGUUACUAAUCACUGCAAGAAAAUAUGAAUAUUCUAUUAAGUACUGGUGGUCAGGAUAUUUGAUAUCAAGAUUAUCUGCAAAGUUCCUCAACUUACAAACUUAAUCCUUGAGUAUUAUGUCUUUAGAAAAUAAUUUAUAAAAUAUUUCUUUCUUCAUUCCAAAUUUGUAUGUAAAUGGUUAUAAACACCAUUUCUUUGACUAUACAGAAGAAACAUUACAAGUUAUAAUAGAGGCCUACUUGUGACAGUAAUCAUACACUGAUAAAAGUUUUUAAAUUAAUACAAUUAUUUUUUUAGAAUAAGUGGGAAUUGGAAGGAUGACUUCAAUAAUAGCCUGUUCAUGUAAAAUAUUUAUGCACAAUUGAACCAGUAAUAUCUUUAUUAAUAUUUUGAUUUGAAAUUUGGUUAUUAUAUAUGGAAUUAUAUUGAACACCUGAGUUGUAGAUAAGAGACAAAAAGCUUAUUCUAAUUUCAGAAUGUAAUCAGUUAUUUUAUCAGUCAUUAGCAUAUUAGUAUUUUUGAAUGGUGAAUAAUGUCUUUUUUGCUGCUUAUGAGCGGUGUGAUCCAACAGGAUAUGCUGCAUUACUGUGCUUCAUAUCAUGAAAUACCUUUUCAUUGAACCUUAUGAUUAAACAAACUAAAGUUUUUACUUGACAAAACUUGUUUGUCUUGGUUUCUUGUUUGUUUGUUAUAUUAUAAUACACAUUUUUCAGAAAUCAAAAUCCUAUUUAAGAUAGCAAAGAAAAAAGAAAUGAAAAAGAAUUUAUUCAAACAUGAAAAAAUUAAUUUAAAAAAAUUUCUGCGAUCCUGAAAUAUUACAGUUAUGUUUAUACUUUCAUUUUGAACAAAAUUUUGGAUCUAUCUGUGAAUAAAAAGACCAAUAUGAACAAAGAGGUAAAUCUGGAGUAUCUGAGAAUGGAAAAGAUGUGUGAUAAAUAAACUGUAUACUUAAGUCUGUUAUUAUUUCUUGAGUGGUAUGUCAGGUAUAAAAAAAAUUAUAUUCACUAGAAGAAAAUUGAACCAGAGGCCACAUGAAAACUCUUCAAAAUUUAAAAACUUGUUCAUAUUCAAAUUAUUGAUCUUCACAUAUUUCUCUGGAUUCGUCUGUCGUCUACUGUCUUUUUGUAACAAUCUCCCUUUUUUGAUUCACCCUACAUCAAUCAGUUUAAUUGAGAGUUUUAAGUAUCACACUUGCAAGAAAUAAUUGUGACGCUGGAGCAUAAAUCCCUGUGUAAAUAGAGGUGCUGACAAGUUGAUAAAAAAAUAUUUCUCUAUGGCUUAAAGGAAAAAGUGUAAUUUAAUAAAAUUUCUCAAUUAACAAGAACCCAAAAGAAAAUAAAUAUUUUUGGUGGUAGUAUUGUUAAAGGAAGUAUAACAAUGAGAAACAAAGGAAUGACAAAAUGUAAAUACAAUGCUCGUAUUUGGAAAUUGGAUCCUAUUAAUGAAUUUUCAUUUUCUUCUAUGAUAUCAAAAUAUUUUUUUCUGUAAUAUGUAGAUAUUCAAAAGAAACAGUUAUUUAUUCUGCUUCAGUUACUCAAAAUAUUUGAUUUUCAUAUUUUAUCAUAAGUUUGUAACUAAAUGCAAUUGAAAAGAGUAGUAGACAGCAAUUUUAACAAAGUGUAUAUAUCACAUUUCGUAACAAUUUGAAAAUCAAGAAUUACUUAUUGAAAAUUUGGUUUGUAACCACUUAUUGGGCAUGAACAAUUUCAUGAUAUUUUUUUUUAUAAUGCAAUAAAGACUUUUAUUCACUAGUCUAAGGUUGUCUUGGUGAAGAAUUGACAAACAGAUGCUUGUUACCACUGAAGCCUGUUACAAUAAUCCAUGGAAAUAACAAAUCCAAGGGAUCAAACAAUUAGAAAGAUACACGGUUAAUUAUUUUGUCAUACUUUAUGCAGACAUGAGGCAGAGCUGUGAACAAAAUUGUACUGAAUCAUAAGGGUGUUAUUUAUAGUUUCUGUGUCAGUUAACUUCAAAAAUAUUUUUUGAGAAAUGCUAGUCAAAUAAUUAGUUUAAAAUUUCAGCAAUGUAUCUUUUUAACACUAUUUUAGCUGUAAUCAAAUACAAGAAAUUGGAACCAAGAAGGGAUCAUGCUGAUCAAAAGAUCAUUAAAAUUUGUAUACAAAUGUUUUAACAAAUAAUGACCAACUAAAAUUACAUUACUUAAUAUUAAUCUGAAACAUUGUGGAAAUCAGUUCUGCCUUUAUUUGUCUGAUACAACAAAAUCCUAACAUUUGUUGUUAGAUACACAAAAACUACUCGAAUGUCUGUCAUUUCUGGUAAUAUUUGGAAUUGAAUUGAUAUGGAAUAUUCGUGUUUCAGUGCUUAUAAAGUUCAUUAUUUUUAAUGAAAUAAAACUAAUUGAAAUAAUUACAAUUAAUGUUAUCAAAUUGCAAGUAAGAAAUACAGUUCUCUAGGGUUUAUCUUGCUAUUCCGUGUACUUGCAUUUAAUUGUAAAAUUAAGGAAAAAAUUUAAUUAUUAGCCUAAAACUUUGAAAAUGAGAAGAAAUGAAAGUUGUUUGCCUUCAUAUACAAUAUGUACUAGGCUAAUUCUAGACAAUGUUGAGAUUUUUUGGGUCUUUUCAUAUUCUAUUCUAUUUAUAACUUAAGUAUUUUAAAUUUAAUUACUAUAAUAUUAAACAAUGAAAAGGACUCUAAUUAAUUACAGUAUUUAAAAUUAUUAUGCCAAAGUAACCUAAUUUAAUUGUUAAAAUUUAAAUGUUAAUUAUAAUUAAAGAUUUUUGAAAUAUAUGCAAUGACAAAAACUUCUCAUAAAGUAACUUCCAUACAUUACAUUUCAUUUAAACCUCAAUGCAAAUCAAUAGUAAAAUAAUAACUUUUGAGGUGCUGGAUGAUUUUGAAUAUUACAAAGAUAAAUAGCCAAAAAUAAUUCAAAAUCUUUCUCAGGCUAAAAUCCAUCUUCAUUUCUUCAAAACAGUUAUUUCUUCUUGAACAUUUUUGGUACCUGCAAAUCAAUUUUAGAAUUGACAUAGGUCUGAACCUAGUAAGAAUAUUGGUUAAAAAAAUGGAAAAUACCUAUUAGCAAAUGCAUCACAAUGAAUAGAAUUUGAUAGGCAAAAUAACUUAUUGAAGUAGUAUUGUGCUGAAUAAAAAUAAAUUAUAUACGCUAGUUUAAAAUGUAAUGCUUUGGAAAUGGGAGCAGAGAUUAUCAUCAUUAAAUUUAUCAACCUCAUCGUUCUGAAAACAUUUGUCUCAAUGUGACUCUUUUACUUGUUACACAUACUGAAAAUGUACACAGUUGUGCAAAUUGAAGAAAUGCAUUGGGAAAACAGUAGUAUCUGUUUCAAAAACACACAAUUUUAUGGUUGUGCCCUUUCUAAAAUUCUAGGAAACUUUUAACCUUGCUCUAAGAAAUAUUAUUGCGAUGUAAUAGUAAUGUGAAGAAUCAAACAAUAUAUUUCCCUCUGAUAUGAUAUAUUUGAUGAUAAAUGACUUAGCUUCUGAAAGGAGUACAUCAAGAAAAAUAUUUUCAGAAUAACAUGUCUGAUAAAGUAAUAUUUGCUUUAAUUGCAGCAAUAAAUGUUGCAAGUAUUUAAAAAGAUAAGCAUUGAUAAAAUUCAAACAAAACAUCAACAAAGUUUUAAAAUUUAUUCAAAAUUCAAAACUACUAAAAGUUACUAAAGAGAAGACUAAUUAUGAAAUAUGUUCCAAGUUGAAUUACGAGGCAUACAUUAAAGUGACAAAAAACAACUAAACAUAACCUAUGAGACAAGAAGGCAGACAUUCAUUCUAGUUAUGUGUACAUAUUUAAUACCUAAUAAAAGAAAAACUAUUUUCAAAAGACAAAUGAAAUAUAUUUUAAAAACCUAGGUAUUUUUGUACCCCACUAUAUUUUUAUUGUUUUAAUUGGAUUUCUUGAAAUCUAAAACAACCAUCUGUCAUAAAUAAAAUAAGUAACAUGCUUUUCUGGAUGGUACUUAUAGUAGUAGCAUGAAAAAAGUUUCCUAAUAUAACUGUUAACUUAUAUCUUUCAGCAAAUGAGUAGAUACCCAUCUUGACUAAGAGAUUACCCAUUUCAAAUAAUAUAGGUAUUACUGCAACAAAUUUGAUAUGGAUAUUGUAAUGCAUUGAGUAUUGCUUUUGCAUCAUGAAGCACUAGCCUCCUAGUGAAAAGCAAUAAGAGUGUUAUUAUGAUGGUAUAUCUUAAAACUUUUAUCUAUGACUAUUACAAAGCAAUUUGUAUAAUUAUAUUUUUUUAAAUUAAUUAAUUUAUUUAUUAACGUAAAUAUCGUAGAUGAAAUAGUAAAGCUACUCAUUUGUUUUGAACAAUGCCUUUCUUUCACUACUGGCAAAGGAGUGUUGUAAUGAAGUCAUUAUGAUGCUGGUGCUACAAAAUGUUUGCAAGCAUAAUUUUACAUUGAAUGUAAAUACAAUCAUCUCCCUAAAUUCCUUUAAUUUCAAUAAUUUUUUUUUACUCUGAUACUCUCAUUUACAGAAAAGUUUUUACUUAAAGACCCAUUUUGUAAAAAUUAAAUUGAGGAAAAAUCCAUCUGGAAAUAAAUUUUAAUAUAGAAUUAAGGUAGGGAAAUAUAUUUUUUUCACUGAUAAAUGUAAUUUUUUUCUUUGAUCAUUUAUCAUGUAAUCAUUUUCCCAGUUUCAGCAUUAAAGUUGUUUUUAAAAACUGAAUCUGGAAGUUGAAACUUACUGUAUAGGUUAUCAAGAAAACAAUUUUAAAUAAGAGUGAAUUCAUAAUAUUUAAUACCAAGAUUAGUAAAUACAUAUUUAUAUAAACUAAUAUUUUUGUUCAUAAUUUUGAUCUGAGAUUCUAAUAUUUUUUAUUCCAAUACUAAGUGUAUUGAAGCAUGAUUAUAUUGUCCAAAAGUCAAACAAACAAAUUUAUUGUUUCUAUCUCACACCAUGAAAACACUUGGGACUAUUGAUAAGUGACUCAAAUUUGCUCAAAGCGAAGAAACAAAGUUAAUGUUCAAUCCAGUCGCCUUAAAUAUCUUGAAACGUUCAAAAACUUUCAUGUUUGAUUUUGCUGUAGUAAGUACUAUUAACUUCUAUUUGCUUUUGAGCAAACUCUCAUUUAGAUAUAACAAAGUAAAUCAGUUAUUGAUUUUCUGUAAAAGAGAAAACAUUCAUUAAAAAAAUCAUAAAUAUGAUUUUUAUAUUUCUUUAAUUAUGCUUGAAAACUGUUUAAAAAAAUCAACAUUGUUUUUACACCAGUUAUCUAGUAUUGGAAUACUCUCUAAACAUUCUUUCUUUCACAAUGAACUUGGACUUCUUGUGACAAACAGUAACUUAAGAAUUUCUUUUCUAAUUGCACAUCAUAGUACCACAUUAUUUAAAUCUGUAAAUAUUAAAUUUAAUGCAAUGUUGCCUACUUUGUAGAAGUUAAAGAAUGCAAAAAUGGUUUUAUAACCAAACUAAAUAAAUAUUUAUUAAAAUGGAAAAUGGAAAUGUAAAGCUUUAACUCAGUUCUUUCACAGAAUACAGAAAGUAAUAUAUUUCCUAGAAUGCUUUAUUACUCACACCAUAAAAUCAAAUAAACUAGAAUACAGCUAAAUGAUUUGUUUUCACAAUUAUCUUAAGAAACAUUCUACAGAAUGUCUUAUUCCAAAGCAAUACUGAAUGGCCUAGAAAACAGAGAAAUGAUAAUAGGUUAUUUUAAUAUCUCAGUAGCACAUUUUGCUGUUGUAUAGACUUGUCUCGUAGCACUAUAGCCCAGUAUAACCAGCUUAAACAUUGAAUUGAACCUUUUCAUUUACUUUUUUAAAAUUUAAAUUAGUACAGAAAGUUUUUUUUUUAAAUGUUCAUAAUUUUGUUAUUAACAUACAAACAGUAAAGUAGGAGUUGUCAAAUGGGGUGUGGUCAGAAAAUUUAGGGGUAUGGUAAAUUUUCAGGACUUACUGUACGUCAAUCUAUGUGGUAUACAAUUUUUGUGAAAAGGCCAUUCAAAUAUGAUCACAAAAUUAAGCUUUUUUUCUAAACCACUUUUUCCCCUUCUUUGUAACAACUCUUAAUAUAAGCACUCCCACCCCAUAUCUGCAACUCAAAUAUGAAAGUUCUAUUCUGCACCAUUCUACUGUGUACAUACUGCAUUAUUGGCAUUACAUAUGCCAUGAUAUGUAAAUUGAUGUAUUUUUUUAGUGAUUUACGUUUUCAAGUAAUCUCUUAUAUUAAUAUUAGAUUGCAAUUGUAAACAAAGAAUCAUUGUGUAUAGUCAUAAAAAGGCUUUAAAGAACCAUAAAUGGAGUAUUACAUAUAGUUUCAAUAUUUCUUUGCAUUCAUGUUUCUAAGUGUGCAUAUUAUUUGCAUACCACUAGGAUGUUUGUACAUCCCAUGGGGUGUUGUUUUUUAAACUUUCCUGGGGCUGUGCUAGUUCAAAAAAUUAGGAUGAAGUACCACACCCCAAGGGAAUCCCUGCACACAAAUGACACAUAGCAUUAUCAAAAAGAUAAAAUUUCAAAAUAAUUUACAAUAGAAUUUCUACAUCAAUAAUGUAAAUUUUCCAAAACUAGUUUACAUAGUUUGAUUUUAUAACUGGAAAGCUCUUUUUAGAAAACAAGACAUAGCUAAAAGAUGAUUCGUAAAGAAAAUGGCAAUAAUGGUUCCAAACCCAUCACUAUAUCUAAGAAUUAUGACCAAAACUCAUCAUUCAUUCUCAAGUGUUUUCUUAUCACUCAAUGGAACAUGCAAAUGGCACAAUUAAAUUCAUGCUCUGAAAAAAGUAUAAGAUCGUAUUUUACCAUUGAAUGAUACAGUUUCAAUGGUAUAUAUGAUUUAUAGAAGCACUUUAAGAAGAAAUUGAAAGCCCAAGUGGAAUUUAAUGAAUAUGUGAUCUUUUCUAAGAAUAUUCAUAUAUGGUAAGCAAUGUGCAUUAAAAAAUGUUGGGAUUUUAAGGAUGGUUACAAUAAUCCACUCACUGAUGAAGAAAUCUGCUUAAUGGAAUGACCAUUGAAUUUGUACAUUAUGAUAAAUAGUUCUAUAAAUUUUUGUUCAUGUUGCUAACUUUUAGUCUCCACGCACUGGACAAAAAUUAAAAACUGGUGAAAUGCAAUAAUUACAGACCUAUUUAGGUGGAAUAGAAACUAGAUGUCAAUAUUUCAAGCACUCAGAAGAAAAGGAAAGAUUUCCUUGUUGUUUGUACUUAAUUUACCAUAGUUUAAAUAAAAAUUGUCAAUGAUUAAUACUUAAUUUCUAUUGUGAUUGUACACAUUCAGGUGCAAAAUAUAGAAAGAUCAUAUAUAUGUUAAUGUUAUCAAUUACAUAUUUUAUAAAAAUUUUGAACGUAUGUUUAAUUAUAAUUAUGUCUUUACCUAGGAAACACUAUGUGAUAAGAGUAAAUCUUUGAUGAUCUAUUUGUUUUGUACAUCAUGAAAUACGUAAAUGUACUCCAGAUUCCACUAUGUAUUGGUUCUGAACCUAUGUAAUUAAAGAAUAGUAAGUUAUUGUACAUGUGGGAAAUAAAUUACAUUACAUUCAUUACUCUGUAGUAAAUGUUCUGAAAAAACUUUUAGCAUUUUUUCUGUCACAGUAAAUUCCCUCCAGAAAUGCUUCACAGACUACUACCACAAAGCAAGACCCACAUGUCUAAAGAUAUUACUAUGCACCCAAAUAUAUAUGUAUAAAGUCUUCUGUAUCUGUUGGAUGGAAGUUCAAUUUCCCCAAUGACUGUACUUCAUAAAUAGCUCUCUAAUUACAUUUUUGUUGGACUGUAAAAAUAAAUGUGAUUUGUUUACUUUAAAUACAAUGUAUUAGAAGUGCUUCCUUUGUGGUGGAUGCCAGGAUCCUAGUUGAAGUUGGAAUAUAUUUGUACAUAUACUCAGAUAAAUGUUAUGCAUCCAAUUUUUAUUUUUUAUUUCUCGUAUUGUCAUGUUAAAUGUUAUAAGAAAUGAAAUUAAUGUAACAUGUUAAGAAAAUAAAACUUACGGUCACAUGAAUCCCUUGAAAUACACUGUAAGAAUUAGGGCAAUUUAGUCUCUUAGUUGUGCCAUGAUGUAUCAUUGAGCUAUUGAGACAAUAAGUUUGAUUGGUGUUAACUAGAUGAUGGAAAAUUGUCAAACACAUGGCAAAUUAAUGUGUUAAAUAUUAUUUGCAGUAAUUUUAAGUUUUGUAAAUUCUGAACUGAUGAUAAAUGUAGUACAGUAUAAAUUGUACAGUUCACUAUAUUUAAUUGAAUGAUGAUUCUGUUAACAUUAUUCUUCACAAAUUGAAUAAUUUUGCAAGUAAAGAAUCAAAUAAUAAAAAUACAAGCCUUUUUGUUCUGUAAAUUAAAUUGAGCUUAUCAGAAGUAAAGAAAUACAUGGAUAUACAAAGUUUACUCUAUGAAUUCACAAAAUUGUAAACAGUGCUUUCAAUCCUAAUUCACAUACAAAAUGUAAUAAAUAGCUCAUAUCUCAGUCAAUGCCAUACAGCACCAAACUAGUCUUCCAUAAAAUAUUUCUGCUCACUGUUUUCGGUUUCUGACAAAUACAAUCUGCAAUUUUCCUCCUUACAAUAAUUCAAGCAAUAUGUUAUUGAAAGAAUUCUUGUGAUUGGUGACUCUUGAUAGAUAUUAUAAAUAUUAGUCAUCUCUGACCUGGUAUCACCCUGUCGUUUGCAUUGUUUACCUUCGUGUAAGCUAUGAAUGAAUUUUGAACAUUUUAGUUUAAAAAAACUUUCCUGAAGGCUUCAGGCAUUCCCUACAAUAUAUUUAUCAAUAAUUUUUUUCAUUUCUUUAUUUAUUUUAUUACAUUUGAUGAAUUUCAGAUAAUAAUGAACUUUUUAAUGCCCAACAACUGGCUAGUCAAAUUUCAUGUUCCAUUAUCCGAACAAUAAAUAAAAUAAUGUGAAGACCAAAGCCAAAUAGAAAAUAGAGACAAAGUUUCCCAGCAAUUUUCAAAUGCAUUAUUUUAUUAAUAAUAUAUGUUCAAAUAUAGUAUAUG